GGCGAAUGUAAACAUUUUGAAUGAAUAUUAAAAAUUUACCAACAGUCAACGGUGAAUGUUAACAUUCACAACGAUUAUCGGUGAGUGUUGACAUUCACAAUUGAAUUUUGGUGAAUGUUUAGUUAAGAUUGGAGUAUAGAUGUUCAACGAUUGGUGUGUGGUGUAUCGUGUCAUACGUAAAGAUUGUGAAUAUUUAUAGAUAUGAUAUUGUUCACACAAUAGCUGAAGAGAAAAUAAUGUUUGAGUAGAAAUGUAUAAUAAUUUAAUCGUACGGUGUUUAAUGAUCUAUAUUCUAUAAAUUAUAAUCUAUAUAAUAUUAUCAGAGAUGCAUUUAACGUUACGGUAUCUGUCUGUCUACCUGUACCCACUACCUAUCUCUCUCUCUAACGUAGCUUUUACUUAAUUGCGUAAUUGGCGAUACGUCCGUCAUUGAAAUAUCAAAUUAAUCGAAAAUAUCGAAAACCAUGGAAAAUACGUUUAUACGUUUAUAUCGACCAGUGUCGAUGUAUUUGUCUUGCUUACACGUACGGAAAGGCAAACUGUUGUGAAUCGUGAUUGAAUUUGUGCUACGUUCGAGUUACUAAUUGUUCAGUGUUCACAUGUAUAAUGGAGAACAUACGAGAAAUUUUUUACGAAAAAUUUAACGCAAUGUUAAGUACAAAAAGAGAAGAUAACAAUUUUUAUUUGAGUACUGAAAAAUAUGACAAAUGUGUUGAAGACGUUCUCAAGUUUAAGGGGAAAGAAAGUAAGCAACGCGCCGUGUGCAAGUUAUUGAAAAGAUAUGAUGUCGUUAAAAUAAUGUCUCUCGACCAACUUAUUGUUCCAUUGAAACCUGGCGAAACAAAAAUAAUUUACUUCGUGAAAAAUGAAGAUUUAUUCGAUAUUAUCCAUGAUGCCCAUAUCAAAACAGGCCACGGAGGACGAACCCGUGUAAUUAGUGAAUUACAAACAAAAUAUAAAAAUAUAACUUAUGAAUCAAUUACAUUAUUUUUGAGCUUGUGUGUUCAAUGUCAAAGGAAACAAAAAGUCCCGAGGAAAGGGAUCGUCGUAAAGCCCAUUAUAAGUCGUGAACUCAACUCUCGAUGUCAAGUUGAUUUAGUCGAUAUGCAAACGUGUAAAGAUGGUGAGUACAAAUUCAUUCUCAAUUAUCAAGACCAUCUCACUAAAUUUAUACAGCUUAGACCAUUGAAGAGCAAGACAGCAGAGGAAGUAGCCCUCACGUUGCUGCCAAUUUUCCUCACUUUCGGUGCACCUAAUAUUCUGCAUUCCGAUAAUGGGAGAGAGUUUUCCAAUAAAAUUAUUAUGGAUUUGUGCUCGAGGUGGGAGGGUGUAAAAAUUGUUCACGGUAAACCUCGUCAUAGUCAAUGUCAAGGUUCCAUCGAAAGAGCCAAUCAGGAUUUUCAAAACAUACUCAGGGCCAUGAUGCACGAUAAGAAUACAACAAAAUGGUCAGAAGCUUUACCAUUUGUUCAAUUCGCAAAAAACACUGCUUAUCAUCAAGGAAUAAAACAGACACCGUAUGAGGCAAUGUUUGGUAACGUUGCUAAAAGGGGCCUAGCAACAAGUUCGUUGCCACGAGAACAAAUAAAAGACAUUGAGACCUAAGAGCAGCUUGAACAAAUUAUACAGUCAGUAGGUGAGUACCUACAAAUGUAAUAUAAAAAAUAAAAUUAUAUAGAUAAUAAAUUAAAAUAUUAUUAUUAGAUGAUGAUAACACUGAGCAAGUGGAACAAAAUGGCAAUGAUAUACAACCAGAAAGAGUAUUAGCUAAUGAGAUCCAUAAUUAUGACACUGAGCAGGUGGAACAUAAUGUUGAGCAAACUGAAUUAGAUCAUGAAUUAAAAAAAAAAAAAAAA